GCAAGGCAUAGUAAAUGAUGCCAAUCGCGCCUAGGUCAGGAUGAGUGGAAUGUUAUUAGUUGUUAACCUCAAAUGUGUCAUCAUUUAAACAGAGGUUGUAGUUUGAGUGCAUUGUGAUUUGGUUAACAAUUUACGAAGAAUCAAUUUUUAGCGUUUGUUUGGCCUACUGUGAGUCCAAUAAAGUAAUUUUGUACUUUACUGUGUUAUGACAAAAUUGCAAUGUGGCCUGUAAGACGAUUGGUAAAGUAUGGCCUUGUUGGAAGUGUGCUUGUUGGUGGAGUCACUUCGCUGCAUGCAAACCAAUAUAAUAUUGAUUCAAUAGGUGUUGUGCGGCUGGGUAGAUCAGCAUUUACUGUAUUUAAAAUAGGGAUGCACUAUAAGAUGGAACUGUAUGGAAAAAAUCUCGAUCCCAAUUCAGAAGAAUACAAGGCACAGCGUUCAAAAGUACACAGAGAAGCGGCAGAGGCAUUGCUGGAUCUUUGCCGAACUAACAAGGGAGUGUACAUCAAGGUGGGACAGCACAUCGGAGCUCUGGACUAUCUAGUGCCGAAGGAGUAUGUGGAGACCAUGAAGGUGUUACACAGCCAUGCCCCCACCUCAUCCUUGAGCGAUAUACACAGAGUACUGCAGGAGGACCUCAAGUUGAAUCCACUGUCAGUGUUUGAGGAGAUUGAUGGGGAACCGCUGGGAGCCGCAUCACUGGCACAGGUACACAGAGCUCGGUUGAAGGAUGGGACAAUAGUAGCAGUUAAGGUACAACAUCCGUAUGUGCAGGGCAACUCUCUAGUGGACAUGAAGACAAUGGAGGUGUUGGUGAAAAUUGUUUCGUGGGUGUUUCCAAACUUUAAAUUCCAAUGGCUUGUUGAUGAGACGAAAAGAAACAUCCCUUUGGAAUUGGAUUUCAGGCUAGAAGCUGAAAAUAUUGAAAAAGUCAGGAGAAUGUUUUCCCAUUUAUCGUGGCUCAAGAUACCGAAAGUAUAUCCAGAGCUGAGCACGAAACGAGUGCUAACCAUGGAAUUUCUAGAGGGAGGUCAAGUAAACGAUUUGGAUUACAUAAAGACGAAGAAUAUUAAUCCUUUUGAAGUAUCGGAUAAGCUGGGACAACUGUACAGUCACAUGAUUUUCAUUGAGGGGUUUGUCCACAGUGACCCCCAUCCAGGAAACAUACUUGUGCGACGGGAACCUUCGGGUCAGACUAGUCUAGUGCUGCUAGACCACGGCUUGUACGCGACACUGACAAAUGAGGUGAGAUGGGAGUACUCGAAACUGUGGCUCAGUAUCUUGAACAAGGAUAAAGAGUUGAUGAGGCAGCACUGCGACAAGCUAGGGGUUGGAGACUUGUAUGCUCUGUUCGCCUGCAUGGUCUCUGGGCGUACCUGGGAUGCGAUAGAGUCUGGCCUCAACAAGACCAAGUUCACUGUCAAAGAGAAAGACAUGUUCCAAAAGGAAAUUCCCAACCUACUACCAGUCAUAUCAGAGAUCUUGGCACGAGUGGACCGACAAAUGCUGCUCAUUCUGAAAACAAAUGACCUGUUGCGUGGAAUCGAACACACACUGCAGACACAGUCUAGGAUGAGCUCAUUCCUGGUGAUGUCGCAGUGUUGCGUACGCAGCGUGUACGGAGAGCAACUAAAGCAGUGCUCCUCGUCUCUGGCUCGGUGGCAAACUACCUUCUUACAACAUUGGACAUUGUUGAAGUUGUCUAUCUACUACUUCUAUCUCCAUGUUAACAGCCUAGUUAGAGGAAUCUCUGUUAAGAGGUUAAGUUAGCGUCAUAAUAGUUGUUUGCACUAGGUCUGUUAAGUAUUUUGCUACAACCAAAACAUACUGAGCGGGUAAUUAAGUUAGAGCAUUGUUUAUUUAAUCUAACUCUAGUUUGUUCAGUAAAAUAAAGUGUUUUGAAGGUUGGAAUCAUACUUAAAUUAGAUCAUAAAAUGUAAGAAAUUUAAUUAAGCAAAGAUGUAAUUAACUUCAAUCACAAUACUUAUGAAAAUUUUAAAAUGUUGUAUUCUCUAUAGAUUUUAAAUAUAUUUUUGUCAUAGAAAAUAGUAAUAAUGUGAUCGCUCCAACAUGUUACCACACUACUUUUGUCUACGUACAAGUGAUUAUUUUUAAAAUGUCAUGUCUGUACCAGGAUUCAACUCGGAUACACUGUAAUACCAAACGUUUUACUCAAAAUUCUUUAAAUACAGCAACAGGUUUUCAGUUUUUGUAGUAUUUUAUUGUUGAUACCAAUGUUAAGUUGUGUUUACACCAUAUUUUACAAUUUCUAUCUUAUUGAGAGUAUAUUUGAUUUAUUCAUAUUUUUUAUCUAUCACAUUUUACUUUAAUAAUUCUUUCUACAUUUUAGGUUACCAUUUUCAGUGAAUGAUGCAAAUGUACUGAUAUAUUUUAACCAUGUAUUUGCUCUCAUUGUAAUUGUUAGCCAAAGUUUAUUGAGAUGUCUGAUAUUUUGAUAACUUUUUUCACAUAUUGUUGUAAAGUUGCACAACUUUUACAAAUAAUGUACAAACAAAUAAAUAAUUGUAUUUAUUACUCUAAAGUACAGUAGUAUAUAUUCUUAAUUAUAUAUUUUUAAUUGUGGAGACUAUAAAAUAUUCUGGUAGGAAGUGUUAACAAUGAAAGUUUAUUUAACAAAAAUAAAUAUUUGUUAUGUACAGUCGGGAAAACCUGUUACUUAUUGCCCUGUUAUGUUAUUCAUCUUUAAAAAUAUUGGUAAAAAUUGUUGUUAUAUCCUUUGACAAAAAUCAUGAGCUUGAAAUUUACUUAACACUUUUAUUACCAGAAUCCGUUACUUCAUAUGUCUAGAUGUUAUAACACUCUUAUCACUAACCAUAGUAGUGAAUUAAUCGUAAUAAAAAGUUAUAUUCCAAUCUGUUCUGAAAAAUUAUAAGUGUGUUUUCCGUCCAUCCUUAAUGAAAGACCAAAGAAAGAAGUUUAUUAGUGUACUUUUGAUUUUGUAAUGAUAGUAGUUUUUUACAUACAGUUCUGAUCAAUGAAAAUAAUUUUUAUUUUAUUUUUUAUAGAUUCUUAUAAGCUAAUACAGUCAUGAAUACGUUUUAAACCACAUUGUUAAUAUGUAUGUUUAACGUAAGUUUUUGUUGUAGUGUUAGUACACAUAUAAAUCACCAAGAUGGCUUAAGUUUUUAUAUUAUUAUUUAUCGUCUUCUAUUAAAUAAUUACUGUUUUGUUAUCAUUGUUGUAAAAUAUUCUUUUGUGCCAGUACUAUUUAUUUAUUAUAUUACUGAUUAUACAAUAUUGUACAGCGAUAUAAGAAGUUGCAUGAGUUAUCAGUGCAAUGCAAAUAAACCACAUCAGCUAGUUAUCAAUGUUGUUUUUAUUCUUUUUUAAUUUUUGAGGCUGUGUUAAAAGUCUCUUAAUUCCAAAUAUUGUACUUAUGAAUAUUUGAAAACACUUUUUUUCUAGUAUACAAAUCAAUUAUUACUGUUAAAAAUAAUGCAAUUUGAGAGCUUGCACUUAGAUUGAAGUGCAGUUUACAGAUUUGUUAGUUUCUACUUGCAGCCUUUUUAUUUUUUAGUAAACAUAUUUAUUUCAUUGGCUUUGCUGUUUAACCCUAUGUGAUCGGCAUUCAAUUUAUAUGAUGGCUAAAACAGUGGCCAUGGCUGUUCUCUGUGUUAGGUAAUUUAUUUAUGAUCACGUUGUGUUCCUCAGCUCGGCAGGCCACACUUAGUGGCCCUCACAUUUUUUUGCCGUUCAGCUCAUCAGGCCACUAUGUAUGACCCACUGUAUUGCACAGUUUUGGCUGGAAAGUGUUGCAAUCUCUCUGUUAAAUAAAUAGCUAAAUUAAUAUUUCCCUAUUUGUAGCACACACCAGAGUAAAUAUCGGUCAGGAUUAUUUUAUAUCCACAUGUCAGUAUCACUGUAGCUGCUAUAGUAUAUCCUAUCAAUUUAUUAAAAACUAGUGCAUUUAGUAGAGACAAAGCUCAAAAUAUGGAAACGGGUUUAUAUUCUGUUGAUUCUACCUACUUUAGGCUGACUGUAUUUUUAUUCUGCAAAUAAAAAUACUUUUAAAUCAGAUCCAGCUAUAGCUUAAAUUACAUAUUACUUGGUUCAUUUAAAAGCAAAUAGUAAAUAACCAAUCAAUUAAAUUUUGACUUUGAAGCUAAUAAACUUUUAAAAUUAUUUCAAAUUUCAUUUAAGUCUCACUCAUUUAAUAAAGAUCCAAUAGUCAAGUACUGCCAUUUAAAUCUCAGUCAAAGUGAUAAACAUGGUUAUAGCACCAAGUGGCUACGCACAAUGCAGCCCGCCACUAUGCGUGUGCCUGCAAGCUGAGAGGACAAUCACCUGAGAGUCUAUCCAAGCUGAGUGAGAGAAGGUUUGGUCACAUUAGUGACCUCUUGAUCGCAAAGGAUUAACUUAAUUAAAAUAUCCAAUGGAAAUAUAUACAAUACUUUAAAACAAUAUUAGAAGUUUUAUAGUGUAACAAACUUUAGAACAAAAUAUGACUACUUUAGUUUAUAUUUUAUUAAAACAUCCAUUAAAGUCAAGUACUUAGCGUUAAUUAUACGUAGCAUAGGCCUUAAUUUAUAAAAACUUAACAGGUGCUAUUAAAAAAAUGUUUUAAUUUGAAUAAAAUUGUAUAGCUAUUUUAGUAAUCAUUGCAGCUAUCUUAUAUUUCAGUAUCUUCACAACUUCUUUACAUGAUGUCUGAAUGAUUUUACCAACAAAACUUCUGUUUUAUGUUGAUUAUUUACGUGGUCUGAAUAAAGUUUGUUGUUGUUUAUAUUUGUUU